GCCGCGUUCACGCACACGCACGGACCGAGCAGCGUGACGGAGCGAGACUGAGCCGCGACUAGCAGGAAUCGCAGGCCGAGCAGGCGAAAAACUCACGCUCACUCUAAACGCUUGCAUAUUUUAAGUGGUUGUGAGUAGAAGCGCCCUCUACACGGUUAUAACCAUAACAACACCUCGUAAACAACGCUGUAUUACGAAUUGAUCAAACGGUUAAACACACUUCGAGAAAAAUACAGUCGCACAUUCAAGAUGAAAGUCGAAGAGGUGAAAAGCACCGUGAAAACUCAGCGUAUCAGCGCACACAGCCACAUCAAAGGUCUGGGACUCGAUGAGCGUGGUUUUGCGAUUCAGAAAGCCGCCGGGCUUGUUGGGCAAGAACAGGCGAGAGAGGCCGGAGGAGUCGUGGUGGAUAUGAUUCGCAGUAAGAAGAUGGCUGGUAGAGCUAUUCUGUUGGCUGGACCACCUGGUACAGGGAAAACAGCUAUAGCUUUAGCAAUUGCACAGGAAUUGGGGAAUAAAGUGCCAUUCUGUCCAAUGGUGGGCUCGGAAGUUUAUAGUUCUGAGAUUAAAAAGACUGAAGUAUUGAUGGAGAACUUCCGGAGGGCGAUUGGGCUGCGAAUUCGUGAAACCAAGGAGGUUUAUGAGGGAGAAGUGGUGGAAUUGACACCUGUCGAGACUGAAAAUCCUGCUGGUGGAUAUGGAAAGACAAUCAGUCAUGUAAUCAUUGGCUUACGCACCGCUAGAGGGAGCAAACAGCUGAAACUCGACCCCAGCAUCUUCGAAGCCCUGCAGAAGGAAAAAGUCGAAGUUGGCGAUGUGAUUUACAUCGAAGCCAACAGCGGCGCUGUCAAACGUCAAGGCAGAUGCGAUACAUACGCCACUGAAUUCGAUUUGGAAGCUGAGGAAUACGUGCCGAUUCCCAAAGGUGAUGUACACAAGAAAAAAGAAGUUGUUCAGGAUGUGACACUUCAUGACCUUGACGUUGCGAAUUCAAAACCACAAGGUGGUCAGGACGUCCUCUCCAUGAUGAGUCAACUCCUCAAACCGAAGAAAACCGAAAUCACCGAUAAACUACGCAAGGAAAUCAACAAAGUCGUCGAUAAAUACAUCGAUCAGGGCAUUGCUGAGCUGGUACCCGGCGUGCUCUUUAUUGAUGAGGUUCACAUGCUUGAUAUUGAAACAUUUACGUAUUUACAUCGUGCUCUAGAAAGCGCCAUUGCGCCUAUUGUUAUCUUUGCGACAAACCGCGGUCGUUGUGUUAUUCGUGGCACAGAUGAUAUUGUUUCUGCGCAUGGUAUCCCGCUUGAUUUACUUGAUAGACUUGUAAUAAUCAGAACUUUACCCUAUGACAAAGCAGAUCUUGAGCAGAUUCUUAAACUACGCGCGACUACUGAAGGACUAAAUUUAGAUGAAGAUGCUUUGACGACUCUUGCUGAAGUUGGCGCAAGAUCAACACUGCGUUAUGCUGUGCAAUUGUUAACACCAGCUUCACUUACAGCAAAGACAAAUGGCCGCAGUAAUAUAAUCAAAGAGGAUAUUGAAGAAGUUAGUUCUCUGUUUCUAGAUGCAAAGUCAUCCGCGUGGAUUUUGAGUCAAAACAAGGAUAAAUUUAUGUUGUAAGACGCCAAAAGUGAUUUAUUUUGAUAACUUGAUAUCUCAAAUAUGUUGUUAGGAAUAAGACACACUUGUAAUCAAUCUACUGUCUCGAAUACUUUAGGUGUUAUAAGUAAUAAUAAAUUGUAAAAUCGGAA